AUGAGAUCUUUACCUUCUUCCUCUUCUUCUUCUUCUUACCCACUCGUCGCUUUGAGCAAUAGACUUGAAACCGUGUUUAGGAAAGCAGAACAGCUUUCGGUUCUGUGUCAAAUUGAUGUCUGUGUCAUCUAUUACGGACCUAAAGGAGACCUAAAAACGUUUCCAAACGAGAAAGAGAAAGUGAGAAACAUGGCUAUGAGGUACAGUCGGCUAAACGAUUCCUUGAGAAGCAAAAAACGGGUUAGUCUCUCUGAGUUCCUCAAGGACAAGGGUUUGGAGAAUCCGAACAAGAGGAGGAAGACGACGACGAGUCCGAAGAAGAAUUAUGUGGAUGUAUUGAAGUAUCCAAUCUCUGAUCACUACUCUCCCGACCAAAUCCCCCAAUUGAUUCAGUCCUUGCAACUCAAUCUCUCUACAUUCCAACAAAGGCUUCGAUUUCUUGUUUCGCAAGAGAAACACAAACAACUACUCGAUCAUCAUCAUCAGAGUUUCGUACCAUCGACAUCAUCAUCCUCUCUCACGACCCCAUCUUUGAACCCUAGCCAGCAGUUCUCGCUAUUUGUGUAUAACCAUGGAGACAAUACUCUCUCUCAGAUCCCAGUCUCUGCAUCAAAUCUCAAUCAGGAUUUCUCAGCGUUACUUCAAGAAUCUCAGUUGAAGAAUGGACACAACAUGUCUUAA